UUAGCACUGGUGACCAAGAAAAAAAAGAACAAACGACACAGGAUUCUGACAAAUGAUGAAUUACUAUAUGAUCCUGAAAAAGAUAACAGAGAUCAGGCCUGGGUUGAUGCACAGAGAAUGGGUUAUCAUUAUUUUGGACUGCAGAGGCCACGUCAACAACAGCCUGUUCCAAACAGCGAUGCUGUCUUGAAUUGUCCUGCCUGCAUGACCACACUGUGUCUUGAUUGCCAAAGGCAUGAAUCAUACAAAACUCAAUAUAGAGCAAUGUUUGUGAUGAAUUGUUCUGUCAACAAAGAGGAGGUUCUAAGAUACAAAACCUCAGAGAACAGGAAGAAAAGGCGGGGCCAUAAGAAGAUGAAGUCUAACCGUGAAGAUGCUGCAGAGCAGGCAGAGACAGAAGUGGAAGAAAUCUAUCAUCCAGUCAUGUGCACUGAAUGUUCCACUGAAGUGGCAGUCUUUGACAAGGAUGAAGUCUUUCAUUUUUUCAAUGUUUUAGCAAGCCAUUCCUAAACAGCGCAGCUGGCAUUUAAUUGCUCAAUACUGUAUAUAAGAUCAAUAUGGACAGUUAUUUUCCUCCUACCUAUUCAUAUCAUUAAGCGACUUGAGUUAUUAUUUGAGGAAGCAGUAUUUUAUCUUUAUGAAAGAGAGUGAUUAUCAGCCUUUAUCUCUUCCCCCGUCUUUGUUUUUCCUUUAAUUUUCCUCAAUAUUGAUGGGACUGAUCAUUCCCUUUUUGAUGGACGUUUAGAAACUGUGGGGAUUUUUAUUUAUUAAAGCUAUUUAGAAUUAAAAUGUUCUGGAGUUAUAAGUAA